AUGUAUUUCUUUAUUUCUGUCCUCUCCUCUAUAGACCUCAUCAUUACCAACAAUAUCCUUCCUGAGAUCUUGGUCAACUGUUUCAUUUACAGGCCCACCAUUUCUUUCUCCAGAUGCUUGUCCCAGAUGUAUCUUGGUGUCUUACUUUUUGCAACAGAUUGCAUCCUCCUUGCUGUCAUGGCAUAUGACCGCUUUGCAGCUAUAUGCCAGCCCUUAUACUACAUGCAGUUCAUGAGCUGGAGGCUUUGCAUCGGUUUGGCAGCUACAUCUGUGGCCUUCUCCUUCCUGUUAACCCUAAUCAAUGUGCUCUUGCAGCCUACUGACCUCUGUGGCCAGCGCAUCAUCAACCAUUUUGGAUGUGAGCUGCAGUCUUUCCUCAAACUGGCUUGCUCUGACACACACUUUAGUGAGCUCUUCAUGUAUGUUUCCUGCCUCUUUCUCCUAAUACUACCCUUUGGUUUCAUUGUUGUGACAUAUAGACGGAUAGGCCUGGCUGUACUGCGCAUCCACUCGACACAGGGCCGCAGGAAAGCCUUCUCCACCUGUAGCUCUCACUUUGCUGUGGUCACUGUCUUUUAUGGGACAAUCAUGAUCAUGUAUUUGAGCCCACAAGGGAAAUCUGUUUCUUACAAGGACAAAAUCAUACCCUUGAUGUAUGGGGCUCUGACUCCCACACUCAACCCUUUGAUCUACAGCCUGAGAAACAAAGAUGUGAAGGGAGCAUUCUGGAAACUGGUUGGAAGGAAGCAUCAAUCUGAUUUGGAAAAAGAUAGUGAAGAAAGUACAGCUGAGGCAGAGGUAGAAAUGGCCGCCAAAGCUGGCAUUGAUCCAGAUACACAACUAGCGACUAUGGCCGAAAUUACAGUUCUAAUGAAAGGGAUGAAAGAAGCGAUUUUUGGGGAAAUUUAG